GAAUCAUCACUGCCAUCAUACCGUUUCCUGGUCACACCACAAGCUACCAGCUCCCUUCCAUUGCAGAUUUGCAGCUGCAGCCUCCUCUAUAAAUAAAUACCCUGGAUCAUCAUCUGAAGAAGAGCAGAGGAGAGCAGCUGAAGAAGAAAGAGUCUCAGAAAGCAAUUCGCAGAGGACGAGCUUCUGCGAAUUAAGCAAUGGCGACCAAGAUCUACAUCGUGUACUACUCGACAUGGGGACACGUCGCGACUCUGGCGGAGGAGAUCAAGAAGGCCGCCGAUUCAGUUGACGGCGUUGAAGCUACGAUUUGGCAGGUGCCGGAAACGCUGCCGGAGGAGGUGCUGGGGAAGAUGCACGCGGCGCCGAAGCGGGAGGACCACCCGGUGAUCUCGGCGAGGCAGCUGACCGACGCCGACGGCGUCCUGUUCGGGUUCCCCACGCGGUUCGGCAUGAUGGCGGCGCAGAUGAAGGCCUUCCUCGACUCCACGGGCGGGCUGUGGCAGCAGCAGGCCCUCGCCGGCAAGCCCGCGGGGUUCUUCUUCGCGACGGGCACGCAGGGCGGCGGGCAGGAGACCACGGCGCUGACGGCCGUGACGCAGCUGGCGCACCACGGCAUGCUGUUCGUGCCGGUCGGGUACACGCUCGGCGCCGGGAUGUUCGGCAUGGACGAGGUCAAGGGCGGCAGCCCGUACGGGGCCGGCACGUUCGCCGGCGCCGACGGCAGCAGGAUGCCCAGCGUGGCCGAGCUCGCCAUGGCGGCGCACCAGGGGAAGUACUUCGCCGGCAUUGCCAAGAAGCUCAAGGCGGGAGCGGCACUCGCCUGAGCCUGUAUCUGCACUGCAGCUUAAUCUGCCAUGCAUGCAUGGACACCAUUAACGAUUAAAAUGUACUACCGCUUUUCUUGUUUGCAAAAAGAAGAAGAAUAAGAAUACAUUGCUUUGCGCCAAA